AUGAUUAUAGGUAAGGAAUGUUUUGAUGAGGUAAAUCAAAUAAAAAAAUCACUACCCUUAUGUAGCGAAUCAAUUAGCUCUAUCAGAGAAGUUGAAGGUGAUUCUAUGGAUUUGGAGGUGAAUGCACAAGAUGAUUUCGGCACUCAACAACUACGUUCUCCACCGAUUGACAUGUUGAUUCACAAGCAUGUUGUAAGGUCUGUUGAAGAACUUGAAGAUUAUUUAGCUUCUUGUGAAGUAGACACGGCCGAAUCUUCUGAGAAAACAUAUCAACUUGAAGGUCGAAGAAUACUCAAUUUAAAAACAUUUUAUUCAAAAUUACAAGAGGUAUCUUCGCAUGGACCUUUCAAUUGUGGUCUCGGUAACGUGGAAAUUGUUUCUGAAAAACAAACCGGUUAUACAAGAGAAAAAAAAAUGACAAAGAGAAGGAAAUAUAACUUAGGAAAGAAAAAGAGGUUGAAGAGAAAAAUGAAGACAACGAGAAAGAAGAAGAAAAAAAAGAAGAUUUAG